AUGUCAUUUCGCUCAUGGCGUCAAUUCCAAUUCUUCGAGAAUAUCCCCAUUAGGGACCCCAAGAUGGGAAGUGAUAAACCCUUUUUCUCAGAUCCUACAUUAACAGCUGUGUGUCCAGUACCGAACGAAAGGCUUCUUAUUGCAGUACAGUCGAGAGUUUUACGUUUGGUGAAUUUACAGACACUGGAGACGGAAUUAGAAUUCGAAGCAUAUCCCGAAGGCUACCAAAUAACUUACCUUAGCGCAGUUCAAGAUGAUUAUGUUUUUAGCGCAGCCGAACAAGUGGGCAAACCUUGCUCUCUAAAAGUGUGGAAACUGGACAAGCGACCGGGAAAUGAGUUUGAUUUUCACAGCAACGUAGAGGUAAAAAAUGGGAAGAACACUUUUCCAUUGUCAGCCAUAGCUAUAUCAAAGGGUAUAGACUGCAUAGCCGUGGGCUUCGUCAACGGUAGGAUUGUAUUAAUUCGAGGUGACAUUCUGCAUGAUCGGGGCUCAAAACAGAGAGUCAUAUACGAAGACGCUAAUAAAGAGCCCGUGACGUCUUUGAUUCUUGACCGUGAUAGUCGAAACUGUUUUGCAUCCACAACGUCCGCAUUGCUUCUUUUCGACACUUCUGGAAGAAAUAACGGUCAAGCUGACUUGGUCCUCAGCUCGGAGUCUGGUGUUGAUCUUAAUUGCAGUUGCUCAAGCAGCGAUGGUCGUGAAUUCAUUUGCUGUUUUACGAACUCUAUAGACUUUUUCAAGUCUACUGGAGAAAAGCGGUCGCUAGCAACUGACCUGACCAUGAUCAAAAGAGUUUUUGCCAUUGAUCAAGAUCAUCUAUUGGUUUUGACCGGCGUGCAGGCUUCAAACACAACCGCUUUGCAUGCUCUAAAAUCAGCUGCUCCAAACAACAGAGUCAUCGUUCUUGACAUUCGAAAUAAGCUAAUUGUCAUGAAUAGCUUGGUUAACGGGAACGUACUAGAUGUCUUCCCGAUGCUAUUUACAGGUGACCAUUCAGUGAUGCUAUUAACAUCUGAUGGCACGCUGCAUAAAAUUACUGAAAAGGCCAUUACGGAAAGGUUGCAGAUAGUUGAACAAAAGGAUCUUUUUCAGGUCGCUAUUGAUCUUGCGGAGCAAAAUGGACUGGAGAACCUUCAGAUUGAGGAAAUUAGAAAAAGGUAUGCCGAUUUCCUUUAUAAAGCAGGUUCUAAAGCCGCUGCCAUUGAGCAAUAUUUACAGUGUUUGAACGUCACUGAGACUAGUGAAGUCAUUGCAAAGUUCGGUGUCGAAAGCGCAUUGAGCUCGGAAGACAUAUCAAACUUGUCAUUCUACGUUUUUACAAUGAUCCAGAGAGAGAUGGGAACUUCCGAUCAUGUAACGCUCUACAUUAUUUCAUUGAUAAAGUUGAGGGAUGAGCAAGGGCUGGAAAACUUUGUAAGGCAUUUCACUAGAAGCGGGCGCUAUUUGCAGCAGGAGGAACCCACGCAUAAUUGGCUGGAGGAUGAUGAAUCAUAUUACUACUCUGACACAAGCCUCUUUGAUUUGGAGUUGGUAUUACGGCUACUAUUAGAAUCUGGCCUUGCAUUACAGGCAUACAAAAUAGCCAGAAAAUUUUCCAAGAGCCCUGAGGUCGUCGUCAGUAUUCUCAUUGAAGACCUCAACGACCCACAUUUGGCUCUUAGAUAUACGAAAAGCUUACCGGUGGACGACACGCUUCGCGUUUUGAUUGCAUUUUCUAAACAGCUUCUAGAGCUUUUGCCCAAUGACACGAAUGCACUGCUCAUUGAGCUUUUCACUGGGAAGUUCCAGUCUACAAAACUGGAAGAUACGAAUGGCCAAAAGGGCACCAUGCACAAUGAAAAGGCGGAUCAUGAUGUUUUUUACAGCUACAGCUCUUUUCUGGAUUUCAUGAGGGGCACGGGAAACUAUCGAACCACCGAGUCGAAUGCAGAUGUUCCUACCUAUCAUCCACCUAGACCUGCGUUAAUAUUCACUUCAUUCGUCCAUCAACCUUUUGAGUUUGUCGUAUUUCUUGAAGCAUGCCUAGGAAGCUAUAAUGAAUUCAGUGGCUUUGAUCAUGAUAAGCAGCUUAUUUUGACUACGCUCUAUGAUGUUUAUCUGUCAUUGGCGAAGGAGGAUAUAAAAAGCCGUCAGACCGAAUGGAAAGAGAAAGCUCGUGCUGUAUACCAUCAAAGCGUACAGCUGGUGAGGGGAAGCCAAUCGAUGGGUGGUACGUCCUCAUCAGACAAAACUACCAAACCCGUGGACAAUUCUUUGAUGAUGCUUAUUUCACAAAUCAACGACAUUGAUUUGUCUCAAGAAGAAGAUGAAUACAGUUUCGACGAUUCCAAGCUCAAGUUUGAUAAGGCCGACCUGGUCUACAAAUUUGAAGCGCUAUGUUCUACAAGUGAUGCGAAAACAGCCUUACAAUUUAUCGAGCGUUACGGGGAUCAAGAGCCUGAGCUUUAUUCUAUGGGGUUAUCGCACUUUAUUGGUGCAAGAACCACAAUGGACGAGAUUGGAGGAGAAUCCGUUUUCAAGGAAAAGAUUUUACGGAGAGUUUUGGAUCUGGAUUUGAUGCCCUUGCUUGACGUUUUACAGGUUUUGGGCUCAACUAAUGUUGUGACAUUCGGUUUAAUUCAAGAUUUACUGAUCGGGCACAUUAAAUCUGAGAACCAAGAGAUAAACAACAACAAGAAACUAAUUGAGUCUUAUGAGAACGAGCUUGCCGAGGAGAAGAGCAAACUUGAAUCGUUAAUGGAUGAAAAGAAUCCACUUCAAAUUCAGCUCAAAGAUCAGACAUGUAAUACUUGCCAUCUGAAACUCAUGCCUCCCAUUGUAUUCUUCAAGUGCAGUCAUGUGUACCAUCAAAGCUGUUUGAAUGAGGAAGACUCUCCUACGCUCGAUGGCAGGCAUUUCCAGUGUCCGCUGUGUAUGGUCGAUUUUGAGACAGCUGCUGGGAUGAAACAAGCACAGGCAGAUACAAGGCUCAACUCUGAAUUGCUCCGCAUGACACUGGAUGAUGAGUCAAACAUCAAAGACCGUUUCAAAGUGGUUACAGACUUCAUUGGUAGAGGUGGUGCCGACUCGUCGUGA